UGCUGUGGGACUUGGCGUGUGUUCGUGUGUGUCUAGUGCGGCGGAACCCAGCUGCUCCUCAGACUCAUGAGCGAGCACGGGGAUGCCAUGGCUGUGGGCGAGGAUGCAGGUGCCGCAAGGGUGCUGGUGAUCACGGUCGGCCCGCCGUGUGCGGGGAAGAGCACCGUACUGGCCAAGCGCGAGCCAGCUCCUCUCGAUGUGUGCAUUGACGACAGCCCGGGGCUUUAUGCGCGUAUUCCGUGGGCAGAUCUGCCGGCGACGAGCCAGGCGGCAAUUGUGCGGGCGGCGGCGCUUCUGGAAGGCGGCAGCAACGACCGAGACGACGACGAGGAGGACGCACUAGCGGCACGGCUGGAGGCCACCGUGGCUAUCCGCGACGAUUCAGAGCGACGGGCGUGUGCACGGGCGCUGGCGCGUGCGAUUGGGUAUGUCAGACGCAAGUAUCCGCGGCUGGCGGAGCAGGAGGCGCGGCUAGCGAGUGAAGCCCAGGUGUUGCAGACGCGGCUUAUGCGCAAGGCUGUAGCGUGGGCGCAGACCGCGCUGGGCGAGGCGAUGGCCGCCGGUGUGCCGCUCGUGGCGUGGGGCAAUACCAACACCAAGAUGCCAGCCAUUGCACAUGCGGUGGCGCUGGCGGACGAGCACGGCUAUGCCAUCGAGGUAGUCAACAUGACCGACGUCGACUUUGACGAGCUUGUCAAGCGGUCGGUCCUCCGCAUGCUCAAGACUGGCAAGGUGGUGCCUGUCGAGGCUAUUUACAAGUCUGCAGUCGCAGCGCAGCGUUCGCUGGUCGAGACUGGGCUUGUUUUCGACGCUGCCGCGCUCGCCGAGGCGGCGCGGGCUAGUGUCGCGGGGAGUUCUCGCUCUGGAGCUCGGCGAUAAUGUCGCCGAGGUCCUCGAUGAGGACGUUGAAAUCGGCAGAGAAACGGAAGGUUCGGAUGCGGCGGG